UUCCCUUGCUGCUUUUCAGAGACCUUCUUUUUUUUUUUUCUUUUUUUUUUUUUUUGACUGUCAUUAUCUUCUUCUAUUUAACUUCAUGCAAUUUUGCCGCCACUUCAACUAGAGAUGGAUAGAAAUCCCUUACAACGCCAGGUUUCCCUUAUGAGGAGGUCCCUCAUUGAACAGGAAUACCUUGACGAGCAACAAUUCCUUCAAUUGGAGGAUUUGCAAGACGAUGCCAACCCAAAUUUUGUGGAGGAAAUUGUAACUCUCUUCUAUAAAGACUCGGCAAGACUGUUCCAUAACAUAGAACAGGCACUGAUAACUAGACCUAUUGAUUUUGGAAAACUGGAGAAUUACAUGCACCAAUUCAGGGGUAGUACCUCUAGCAUCGGAGCUAUAAAGGUCAAGAGGGAAUGCACACAAUUUAAGGAAUACUGUUUGGCAGGAAAUACUGAUGGAUGCAUCAGGGCAUUUCAGAAAGUGAAACAAGAGCAUGAGACUUUGAGGAUCCAGCUUGAGACUUAUUUUCAGUUGAGAAGGCAAGCUGGACUAGCACAGACUGGGUAAGUGAUCAAGUGGAUGGUAAAGAGAGACGACUUUGAAUACUAUUGUGCAUGUGGUCUCCUGCUGUAAUAGAAUCAAACAGUAACUACUUCUUAAGUUGAAGGAAUUUGCAGAUAUAUCUAGUCUUAAUUGACAACGGAUUUUAUGCUUCAUUAUAAAGUCUACAACUUAUAAUAAUCAUGCGAAUGUAGUCCUUCUAUAAAUGUGCUCCAUUAUUAUAUCUAUUCCUGUUUUAUAUUA